UGAUCAACUACAAAAGCAUGAAUAUACAGCUGUUCCUGCACUCGCUCAGUGGGUGCCCAAUGUAUGCUGAUGUGUUCAAUUUGUUGUCCUGAUUGCCGUGAUUUCUAGCUCUUUUUAAUACCAUGUCCAAUGUAUUAAGGAAGCAAAGACGUUUUAUAACCCUGUUGAAAGACUGAAACCAACCUUACUGCCAACCUUCGACUGGUCCAAGAAUUAUUCAUCACUAUCUUUUCAAAAAUGUUGCAACAAAUUUUAAAUGACAUGUACAUAGAUCCUGAUGUUUUGGAAGCUUUAAACGAAGAGCAAAAGAAAAUUUUAUUCCUUAAAAUGAGGCAGGAACAAGUGCGAAGGUGGAAAGAAAGAGAAGAGAAGCUUGAAAAAGAGGGACCAGUAUUUACCAGACCCAAGUCAAAUAAAGCUCCAACAAAGCGAGUUAGUUGGCUUUUGGGAAGUGAUGGCGAUGUUCAUGUGUUCAUAAUUGGUGAAUCACCUGAUGUUAAGCCUUUUCAGAUGAUUUAUGCAGAGUUUGAACAGAGCACUAAUAAAAGAAAAAAUAUGGAUAAUAUGAAGAGUGACGUCUUGCACUGUACCCUACCCCAAGAAGAAAAUGAAUGUUCUGAAAGCAACAUCUUAAUGGUACAGAGAGGAGAUACGCACUCUCAGUUGAAGGAGAUAGAAGAGGAAGAUGCAAGUCAGGAUGUAACAUCAGCGUUAAAGGCAUGUGACAUUUACUACCACCGACAUCUAUGUCAAAAAGAUACUGACACCACAGUCCUUGAAAUGCAGUCUGGGGAAUGUCAAGAAAGAACAGGUCAAGAUUUCAAACUCAAUCAAGUGUCAAAUACAGCAACUAUGCAAAAUAAUGAUCACUCCAAUGAAGUUCCAAGUAACACGGUGGUACGAAGAAGCGUUGCUGAACUCACUCAGAAUUUUGGUGGACCAAAAAAGACCAGUGGCAAAGGCACAUUGCCUCGUGUCAAGCCACCAUUGCCUGCAAAGCCUUCAUCAAUUUACUUGAUGUCUUCUUCAGGCUUCAGGUGACACUAAAAGAGCCUUACCAAACCGGAUAUCUUUCUAAUGGAGAUGAAUGUGUUCCAGUGAGUCCUGAGCAGAGCAGAACUUGCUUUUAGGAGUGUACAGAAGGCUUCCUGUAUUGCUGUGGAAGUGGAGUCAAUUAAACAUUGGACCUAAAUUUUGCUGAAUCGAGCAUAGUUACUCUUCAGUCUUGUUCUUAACCAUUUUAAUACAAGUUUUGGAGUGUGUUCUGAAAACCAAAGAUAAUUGGCACAUAACCAGCAUAAAAGGUGAAAAUACCAAAAACAUGCACUGAAUGGAAAUACUGUAUGUUUUAUAUUGUUUUUCUUUUAAAAAAGAAUUUUCUUGCAAUGAAUAAAAUACUGUAACUAAUUUUGUUUAAAUGAAAUAGCAUCAGUGAUAAUUGCAAAGCUAGUCUUUAAUACUUAACCCACCAUAUCAUGCUUUUAUAUCCAUGUAAAUAAUCUUUACAUUGUAAUGUGCAUUGUUUUUAGAGGUGUUGAUUCUAAUCCACUUGACAAUGGGAGAAUAUAACUUAAAGGAUAGGGUCAGUAUUUUUCAAGAUGAAGUUGUUUCUUCACAAUCAUGCUAUAUAUGUAUUUUCCACACACUACUUUCUAUAAAGUAAAAAUAAUAUAUCUUGCCUGCACUUUUUCUUUACAUUGCAGUUUAUGGGGCAUGAAGUAAAAGCUUAAAAACUUAUCAAAAACAUUAAUUUUUCAGGCCAAUACAGUUGUCGAGUAUUAAUCCACAUCCUGCAAUUACACACACAUUGUAAAAUAGUUUAUACGUGUAUUUUUGAACAGAAAUCACCAAUGUUAUGAGUUUUAGCAAUUUUAAAAGACGGCCAAAUAGCUCAGCAUUUUGUCUUCCCAUGCAACAGCCUUUCAGUCCCCAGGGAGUGGUUUCUGCUUGAAAUACCCAAUCACAAUAAGCUAUUCAUGGCACAUGGUUGGUUUUGUUUUGAUGUAUUUCCAUAUUUACAUGAGAAUUCACAUGAGGAAAUAAAAAAGUAUAUUUAGCAUGAGAAAAAUAUUAGCAGGAAUAUGUGAAACGAUUAUUUACUGAUCACUUUUGUUGUCAAAAACAUGCGUUGGAAAUGCGGAAGGCACAGAUCAAUACUCCACAGUUGUCUUGGCUUGAAAAAUUGAUGUAUUUGGUAAGUUUUAAACUUUUCCUCUGUGCUUCAUACCCUUCUAUGUAAAGCACCUUAGCAACAAGAUAUUUUUUAAUUUAUAGAAACAGAAUUUCAUAUGACAAAUGAAUAUAUACCAUGUUUGUAAAGAUUUGAAAAAUAUCAAACUUAUCCUUUUACUGUCUAGACAGUGACACAUCCACAGCAUUGCCAUUAGGCCACGUUGGUGGCUCUUUCUUAGAUCACUAAAGAUAUAUUUAACAGAUAUAAGUAUGUCUUUUUCUAAUAAAGAUGGGCACUAAUUCUGAUAUGCCUAAUGAACUUCCUUUGCUGAAAUAAUCUUACAUGCAAACCAGUGAGCACAGGAUGAGUCAAUGAGCACUAACUUGGAUCUUUAACAUGUUUUAACUAGAAAGCACAGUGUAAUGUAUUAUCUUAAUGGCAGGGAUUUUAUCACUUGCUGUGAAAGGAAAGAAAAAAACUAUAAUGCUUUUCAUAUACUUUUAAGCUUCUUCCUGGAAGCUAGCAUAGCGUGUACCUCUGCAACAGGAAUGACAGAUCAUUAGCAUGCCAAAAGAAAGGUCAGCAAUUAAAUUGCAAUAGUCUUUCUACAGGUUAAGACUAUUAAAUGGAAUCUUAUUUCUCCAAUUUAGAAAUCAUGAUUAUCAAUAACAUAUCUUAAUUUCAGUAGAAAAACUAAAAUAUAUCCGCCUUGAUUUCUUACUGGCUUAGCACUACAUAUGUUUGUGAAACCUGAAAGCAGAAUUAAUUUUUUUAAUGAAAAUUGUUUUUUUUAACACUUUGUUAAAAGGCACACCGCUGCUUAACCAAGUCAUAAAAAAAUUGUACUUAAAAAAAUAUUUAAAAAAAAAAAAAAAACUGAAAUAUGUAAAUACUGUAACACGUUUACUCAAGGUGACACAGAUGAGCAGUGGUUAGCAUUGCUCCUGUUCAGCUCCAAAAUGUUUAGCUCAAAACACUGUACUCUGGAUUUUGCAUGCUGUCUUUGUGCCUUCAUUGUUUUUCUCCAUGUACUCCGCUUAAAUCCCAAAGAUGUACAGUUUAAUUUGACUGACGAUUUAAAUCAUUUCCUGUAUAAAUGAGUGAUGUGGUGUAUGCCAUUUUUUUCCUGUCUUGUUCCCAGUGUUACUUGAAUUAGCUCUGGUCUGCUUCAGUCCUGUACUGAAAAAUUAAUUAUUGAUACAUAUUGUAUUGAACACCUCAAAUGAUCAAAUAAACUUUAUACUGUA